CGUUGAUACAUCCCAUUGGGAGAGCUGUUUUGUUCAUCACUUGUAGGUUAUCAAUGAUGCUUCAAGUGCCUCUCAUGACGUAUAAGACGUGUAAUUUCGUGUUUUUUACAUAAAGUAGUGAAACGUUGACCAGAGGCUUUGUGCAUCGUAAUAGGAGUAUCGUAUUUUAUUAAUCAUCUUUUUAGAGCAAAAUCUAUACAAAAUGUCUCUGUAUCCAACUCUCGAAGACUUGAAGGUGGAUCAUAUGAUGAAGGCUCAACUACAAAUGGAGUCACAACACAAUGUUUUACCUAUAUCGCAAGAACAAACUGAACCAUCUGCACCUGCGCAUAAUACCCUUUCUAAUAUGUUAUAUCCUUCAUUAGGAGAAUAUAUGGGUUUGGAACUUACUGAAGAAAUGAUAGCACAAAAUAUGCCAGAAUAUUCUCAUGUUAAACGGAAUAUGAUGGUACGUACACCUGUAACCUCAGGUCCUUUAGCAGGUAUGGUUGCACCAUUAUCUGGCCAGUCUUUAGGAUUACAGAGAGCACAAGUUACAAAUGGUAUAAGAGAAUUGAUAUUAUGCAAGGAUAAAGAUGGUAAAAUUGGUAUGAGAGUUAAUAAUGUAGAUAAUGGCAUUUUCGUAUGCCUAGUAAGGCAAAAUUCGCCUGCUGCACUUGCUGGGUUACGAUUUGGAGACCAAAUUUUGAGUAUCAAUGAUGUCUCUGUUGCUGGAUAUACAAUGGAACAAGUUCACAAAAUGCUCAAAAACGCUGACAUUAAUGGCAUUAAAGUAAUAGUAAGGGACAGACCAUUUGAACGCACAGUAACAAUGCACAAAGAUAGGAUAAAAUAUAUUGGAUUUCAGUUCAGAAAUGGAAAAAUAGUCUCUUUAAUUAAAGAUUCUUCUGCUGCCAAAAAUGGACUUUUAACAAAUCAUCAAAUAUUAGAAGUUAACGGAAAGAAUGUUAUAGGGUUAAAAGACAAAGAAGUCACGGAAGAGAUUGGGAAAGGCGGGAGUAUAAUCACGUUGACGAUUAUUCCAUCGUAUAUUUUUGACCACAUGAUCAAAAAAAUGAACAACAGUUUGUUGAAAACACUUAUGGACCAUUCUACACCAGAUUUUUAAAAUAGCCUUGAAUUCGUAUUUUAAAGUUAAUUUUAUAUCUUAUUUUUUUAGAGAUAUAUAUGUACGUCUUUCAUAUUACAAUCACUAUAUAUAAAUCAGGUAUAGUAGUGCGUUUAUAUUCCACAUAUAUAAAAAGAUAUAAUAAAAAGAUAAAGAUAUAAGUCAUAUUAAAAAAAUUAAUAUCUUUAUAUUACUUAUUAUUCGAUUUUUUUAACUAAAAAGUUAAUGGGAAUAGUUGGAAGUUUUCAUUAUUUAUCAUAUAUAAAAGGAAUGGUAAUAUAUAAAAGUAUAUUUAGAUCGUUUUUCAUAUUUACAUAAUACCUAACAAAUAUGUAAUGCUUAUUCAUUUUAUUAUUUGGAAUAUAACCACUAUUUAUUACUAUGUCCAGGGUAUCUUUGUUAUUUAAAUAAGAAUAUUUGUUAAUUCUUUUAAAAAAAAGGUUCAUAUCCUUUUUUAACAAUUCAAUUUAUAUGAAAGUAUUUUAAACAAUGACGCUUAAUUAUAUUCGAUAUGUUUGUGCAUAUUUAAACAAUUUCCAUAGUAUAAAAACUGCACAUUACAGUUUUAAUCUCUGAUUUUUUAUUACAUUUAUGUAAUAUUUUAUCAUAUCUAUUUUUUCUAUUGAUAUAAUCUUCAUAGAAUCUUUAGAUAAAAAUAUAAUAUUUCGUAUUGUAUAUUAGCAAUGUGCCAAUUCUGUACAAACUUGAAAUAAAAUGUAUACUCC